AUGUCGUCUCCAAGUCCGGGUAAAAGGCGAAUGGACACCGACGUGGUGAAACUCAUCGAAAGCAAACAUGAAGUCACCAUCCUCAGUGGGCUCAACGAGUUUGUAGUGAAGUUUUUCGGACCACAGGAAACGCUGUACGAGGGCGGCGUGUGGAAGGUUCGAGUGGAUCUGCCCGACAAAUACCCUUUCAAAUCGCCAUCAAUAGGAUUCAUGAACAAGAUAUUUCAUCCCAACAUCGAUGAAGCGUCAGGAACAGUGUGUUUAGAUGUCAUUAACCAGACGUGGACAGCUCUUUAUGAUCUGACCAACAUCUUUGAGUCGUUCCUGCCCCAACUUCUGGCCUACCCCAACCCCAUCGACCCUUUGAAUGGAGACGCGGCCGCCAUGUACCUGCACAGGCCAGAGGAGUACAAGCAGAAAAUCAAAGAGUACAUCCAGAAAUAUGCAACAGAGGAGGCACUAAAGGAACAAGAGGAAGGAGCGGGCGACUCCUCGUCCGAAAGUUCCAUGUCCGACUUCUCCGAGGACGAGGCCCAGGAUAUGGAGUUGUAG